UAUCCUGUAACACAAAUUUACUUUUUUGCAGAAUAGAACACAACUGACAAAAAUAUUAAUUAUAGCCUAAAACAGUGCAGAAAGCAUGGAGAACGAGUGGACAUUAGCAGGAAAUGAAACUCAUUUUUCACUAAUUGUGGAAACAGAGGAAGGGUUAAGCAUACAAGACAGGGUGUUAAUCGGAGCAGUGGCGACAUUAGUUGUAUUGGUAGUGCUUGCCCUUGUUCUUCGACUUCUGAAACAGCCGUGCAGGGACCGUGUAAACCACAGCGAAGAGGAGAAGAGGGAUUAUGAUAAAUAUUCAACAAAUUCCAGCUUAGAAGAUACUUCAUCCGAUGAUUCCUGUAGAACUUCCUCUUCCGGUUUUUCGGACUCCUCGGGAAGGAAUAGUCAAGUCACACAGCUUUCUUAUUGCUCUUCGGAAUUUUCAUUAAAAUCCGACGAUAGACUAAUAUCUUUAUCUUCAUCUUUACCAGAUCUUACAGGAAAAAAUUCAAAGUCUAUCAGUAUUUCGUCGCCAUCAGUUUUUACCCUCAACACUGAACUUAUGACGAAGCUUUCGAGUAAUUCUGAUCAAAUUAAAACCAAUAUAAAUGGUACGGGGAGAGCAACAAAAUCUGUUUGUAGCAUGAAGUCCGAGGAGCAUCUAGACAACUCAUUGUCAAAUUCUUUCUUGUCUUUAGCAUCAUCUCAAUUAUUAGAUACACAUUCUCGGAACUCUAAGAACACAACGGUGGACCAUGCUUACGGAAAAUAUUUACCAAAGUUCUAUAAGAAAACAGAUUUAACAGAAGAUGUUCAAAAACAGUCUCAGUAUUAGAUGGGCAAUUUCUGUUAUUAUAUUACUUCAAAUAAAUGUAUGUUAUAGAUACAUGUAUAUUUGAAGAUUGACUGAAAACACAUAUAAAAGACCGCGGGCGGUUAUGCUGUACAUAUAUGAUAUACAUAAUUUGUGCUUUCAUUAACAAAUUUAAACGAAAAAUCUGUGUGAACAUCAAUAGAACUAUAAUAUAUACGUCUUAGUAUGUACUUUCAAAUGUAUAAUUUUAUUUCACUUUUAUAUUCUCAAUGCAAAAUGUACAUAUAUAAUAAAAGCUUUAAAAU